AUGCCGCUCAGCUGGCUCACUACCCCUGGCAGGAGCCCGUUUUUGCUCUUCCUGAUUCCCCUGUGGGGGCCUCUCUGCCUUCUGCUUCCUUCCCUGCAGACCUAUGCCAGAUUUACUGGUGCCCCACUCAAGGUGUACAAGAUCACCAACCCCUGGCGGAGCCCUUCAGGGACUCUGCCUGCCCUUCGGACCAGUCACGGCGAGGUCAUCUCGGUGCCACACAAGAUCAUCACCCAUCUUCGAAAAGAGAAGUACAACGCCGAUUACGAUCUGUCGGCCCGACAAGGGGCAGACACCUUGGCCUUCAUGUCUCUGCUGGAGGAGAAGCUUCUCCCGGUGCUGAUCCAUACUUUUUGGGUGGACACCAAGAACUAUGUGGAGGUGACCCGGAAGUGGUACGCUGAGGCCAUGCCCUUUCCCCUGAACUUCUUCCUUCCUGGCCGCAUGCAGCGGCAGUUCAUGGAGCGGCUACAGCUGCUGUGCGGGGAGCACAGGCCGGAGAAUGAGGAAGAGCUGGAGAAGGAGCUGUACCAGGAGGCUCGAGAAUGCCUGACCCUGCUCUCCCAGCGCCUGGGCUCUCAGAAAUUCUUCUUCGGGGACGCCCCCGCCUCGCUGGACGCCUUUGUCUUCGGCUACUUGGCGCCGCUGCUGCAGGCCAGGCUGCCCAGCGGGAGGCUCCAGGCCCACCUGCGGGGGCUGCACAACCUCUGCGCCUACUGCGCGCACAUCCUCAGCCUCUACUUCCCCUGGGAUGGAGAGGUCCAUUAG